AUGACGCGCCAAAUACCAAUUUCCGUAAGACUACAGUUUCUCUUCACCCUUGUGUUUGGUGUCUUGCCGCGGGCAGCUUUUAGGGUUUCAGGGGCCAUUGCCCGCGCAUGGUUAAAAAAGCUGCCCCUGGGACCGGCCAUCUGGAAUGCAUUUGCCGGCUCUUUGAUGGCCACCAUCCCCCCCGCUCAGCUUCAAGCCAUUCUACCAUCCACCUUCGACACAUAUAAUGCAUGGACUCUAGGUCAUGGGGUCAGCUCUCGGGUGGAUGUUUUGUCUGUCGACAAUUCAACUCGGCUCUUGUGGCUAGGACCAAGCGAAGCAAGCCAGGUGGUUCUUUUCUUCCACGGCGGCGGAUAUGUGAUGCCCCUUUCUGACGGACACCUGGACUGGAUGGCGCAUGUCAGAAACGAGGCGGCCAACUUCGGGAUUGAACUUGCCGUGUGUAUUCUGGAAUAUGGUAUGAUACCCGCUAACCCGUAUCCAAGGCAAAUGAUGCAGGGAAUAUUUGCACUUAGGCAUCUCCUUGCCUCUGGAUACAAACCAUCAGAUAUUAUCUUUGGAGGAGAUUCGGCAGGAGCACACCUAUCCCUGAGCAUCCUAGCUCAUCUGCAUCGUCACCGUCCCUCUGAACCAGCAGCAGAGAGUGUAAUUGACCAACAUGACCCCGUGAAAGGGUGCUUCCUCGUGUCUCCAUUAUCAUCAUUCAACUUCUGUACCCCCUCCUACAAGAGAUGGUUCAGUGUCGAUGUUUUGAGCCAAAAGGUUGUGGAGGAAUGGGGUAUGCACCUUGUAGGAGGCUCUCCCUGGCAGGAGGAGAUUUCUGCUGGUAAUGGCUGGGGAAUGGCCCUGGAUGUCCCUGAAAGCUGGUGGGAGGGCCUCGAGGCUGUGCAAGGUAUCCUUGUGACGGGGGGCUACGAAGAGGUUUUCAGCGAUCACGUACAGCAGUUGGGCGAGAUGCUGAAGAGAAAUAGUAAUGGGCAAGUAACUUUGUACAUGGCCAAUGAAGCUCAUGAUGGACCAUUAAUGGACUUUGCCGCGGCGAGACCUCCGAGUGGAACAACGAAGGCUAUUACGCACUUUGUGAUAUCCUGUUUCAAAGAAUAA